GCGAGCUUUCAUCGAGCACGAGCGUCCGUGGGGUUUACGUGCACGCGGGAUUAGGGUACUCGCAGCCGGCCGGUGAGCGCGAGGACACCGAGAGAUAACGAGCACAUCCUCGGCCGUUGGUCCCGUUGAGUCGUCGAAGAUCUCCGGUAAAAAAAAUGAGUCCGUACCGAGAAGCCAGGAGCUAACGGCCGUUCGAACCUCGACCGUUGGAUGUUAAGUUUAAAAGUUUCCGUUGGGACGGUUGUUUGUGAGCUGCGGGGAUAAAACCACCGGGAGGGACAGGUGUCCUCUCACGUCACCAGCCCGUCUCCCCCUCUCCAUCCCCCCGCUAGAGACUGUAGCACGAGGAGUUUUAACUUUUUAUUUUAUUUGGACAGAGCUGGACUGUUCUGAGCCAUGUUGUGGACCAGGUGGCUCGUCCUGCUGCUCUGCUGGGGGGCCACAAGCGGAGAGCAGCAGGCGGAUGACAGGGACGGGAGCCCGGCUGUGUCCCGGGCGGACUCCCGCAGACAGCGGUCUCCUCCACCGGUGGAGCCGCUGGACUUUGGGUUUGUACCGGCGGCGGUUUAUGACACCCACGCUUACUACGAGCCAGGGGCCAUAGGGAUCCUCUUCCACAUGGUCCACGCUUUUCUCUACGUGGUUCAACCGAACCCCUUCCCCAAAGAUCUGAUUGUUAAAGUCAUUCAGCAAAACAUGGGGGGGAUCAAAAUAGAAGAAUGGAGAAAGCCAGAAAAUGUGGUGCUGUUACUACAGGGGAUCUACUAUGAGGCUGGAUUCCUCAUAUGUGGGACCAUCGGUAUCGUGUUCGUGGUCCUGACCCCCAUCAUAGGCAUGUGUUUCUGUGUGUGUCGCUGCUGUGAGAACUGUGGAGGAGAGAUGCACCAGAGACAAAGAAAGAACGCUGACUGUCAGAGAGGUUUCUACACGGCUUCGCUCGUUGCCACCUCCAUCUUCAUCAUUCUUGGAGUACUCAUCGCCUACGCUGCAAACCAUAAUGUCACCGCCCAGAUUAAGAACACUCGACGAUUCAUCAACACCAACAUGAGGGACCUGAGGACGUUCGCUAACAACACACCAGCGCAAAUUGAAUACCUGACAGCCCAGUACACCACAGCAAAGAACAAAGUCCUGUCAGACCUUGACAAUAUUGGACCUUUGCUGGGUGGGAGGAUCCACAGUCAGCUGGAGAAAGAAGUGGUUCCCUCACUGGACACUGCGCUGCGAAUGGCAGGAGCCAUGCGGGAGACCAAAGAGGCCCUAGAGAACGUCAGCUCCUCCUUAGAGGUUCUCCAGGAAGGAACAGGGAAACUUCAGGCCAGUCUAUCGGGGGAGCGUGCCUCUCUGUCCAACACUUUAUCAGACCCCGCCUGCACUAAUGGAGCUGUGUCUCCCACCUGUAACACCAUCCGCUCCACACUUACCAAGCUGGGAAUCAGUGCAGACUUCUCCAGGCUGCCAGAUGUCAGUCAUGCCUUGGCCAAUGUCAAUACCGUCCUGAAAACAGAUCUCAGUAAUAUUGUACAAAAGGGUUACUCCUCCUUUAAUGAUACACCAAAACUGGUGAAAGAACAAACUAAAAACAUUGUCUCAGCUCUUCCUCGAGUAAAAGGCAUGCUUGAUAAGAUUGGCAUAGAGAUCAACAGCUUCUCCAAGAUGUUCCCAGUGGAAGCUUCUCUGAGCAAUUUCACCAUUUUCCUCAACCAGGGACAGAAAAACAUUGAGUCCUAUUACCCACAAGUUGACCAAAUGGACUUCUACAGGUGGAUUGGCUGUGUGGCAGUUCUCUGCAUGGUCGUCCUGGUCCUCGCAUUCAACAUCCUCGGACUGCUGUGUGGCACCUGCGGCUACGACAAACAAGCUACACCAACAACCCGAGGCUGUCUGUCAAACACCGGCGGCAACCUGCUCGUAGCCGGCGUGGGCUUUUCUUUUAUCUUCGCCUGGGUGCUGAUGGCCAUCGUGUCCACCUUGUUUGUUGUUGGAGGCAACGUGGAGAAGAUGCUGUGUGAACCGCUCGCUAACCGACAGAUAUUCAAGAUCAUAGACACACCGUACCUGGUUCAUCCCGCCAAGAAGAACUUCCUUCCUGGGAUGCUGUUUAUGAACCCAGACAUUGACUUGACUUUGGGAAGCAUGUACAGGGACUGCUAUGAGAACAACGGCCUGUACCAUUCUCUGCAGCUGGAGACAAUGUUCAACAUCAACUCCUUCCUCAACAGAACUGUAUACAACAAGGAUCUGGCCAAAGUGUUUGAGAGUGUGCAGGUGGACCUGCAGGACAUCACCCUGCUGGAGCAGGCCGGCAGAGACAACCUCAUCAACUUUGCCAAUUCUGGAGUCGGACAGGUCGACUAUGAAGCCUACCUGACUGAGGUACAUAAGGGAGUCACUCUCGUGGAUCUCCUCUCCUUCUCUACUGACCUGGAGGCUUCGGCCGACCAGCUGCCACGUGGUGCUUUGGAGAACGCACUUAAAGGACACGCCAGCAGUAUCAGACAGAUUCACAGAGAACAUGUGGUUCCAAUGGAGCAAGCAAUGAGUACACUGAGUCAGAGUAUCAGGCAACUGCAGAGGAUGUCCACCGACCUGCCGGUCAAGGUCACGAAUAUCCUGAGUGCCAUCGAUGCAGCAGAAUACCUCAUCACUCAUAACGCCUCCCAUGUGGUUAAACAGGAAACAAGAGGCUACACAGAGAGCUUGGUGGGAUACUUCAAACAGUACACAGAAUGGGUUAAAAACUCGCUGACUGCAGAGGUUGCCCAGUGUAAACCCAUCAGUAACAUUGUGGACAGCAUGGAGAUAGUCGGGUGCAGUUUCAUAAUCGAUUCAGUGAACACAUUCUGGUUCGGUCUGGGAGGCUGCUGUAUCCUUCUGAUCCCCAGUAUGAUCUUCUCCAUCAAACUGGCCAAGUAUUACAGAAGGAUGGAUACAGAGGACGUCUUUGAAGAUCUGGGUAAAACAGGUAAUCAUGGUGAAAAAGUGUGCGAUAUCCACGGAGACCUCGCUGUGGUCAGUAGUUCUCCCUAUUCCGACACUCUGACCCGGUUCCCUCGGGCCUCUGCUCCCCCGUGCUACUCUGACUGAUGACCCAAAGGAACUCGUCGAUGAGCGGACAAGAGAGCUGGAACUGAUAUUUUCCUCAUGGAUCACUGGACUUCCCAGCUUUCCCAUUCAGAUCUUGUAACUUUUCAAGGAUCAAAAGGAAGAACAACAACACCAACAAUCAUGAACUGUGCCCCAUCAAGCCAUUUGACAAGGACCUCAGAUGUCAGCCAACUGUAAUUAAUCAAGUGUUCUCUCACACACAUCUACAGUACCACAGCAGUCCUUAUAGUGUCUCUUUCUGUACAUUAUCAACUAUCAGAGCAACGUUCCCGCGUAGCUAGUUUUACCCGUAGAGAAACAUUUGUUUGUACUUAAAUGAUCAGUUUUAACACGGUGACACACGUCUACAUUUUUUACGCUUUCAAAGCUUUUGAAAGUUUUAUAUAUUUUUUUGUUAAUGUUUGUUUUAUAACAUGUUAGUAAGUUUUUGUAGCAGUAGGUCUUUAUAUUAUUUGUCAAUAUUUGUAAUGUAGCUUGCAUCAUUUUGGCUCAACAAGUUGCAUCGACCAGAGAAUAAGAGAAUUGUUCACCAUCUUGUAAAAAAUGUUUUCGCCUUCUUGCCGAGAGUUAGAUGAGAAGACAAUAAGAUGCCACUCUUAUAUUUUAUUUUUUGUUAAAUAUCAGCAGCCUGUGUGUGAAGCUACGAUAGUGUCUGAAGCUACGAUAGCUAAAUGCUAACGUCAGCAUGCUAACAAGCUCACAAAAAUAUGCUGUUAGCAGGUGUAACAUUAACCCUGUUCACCACCUUAGUUUGCUUACAUACAUUAAACAGAGUAUUUGAUCAUGAACUAAAAUAUUUUAUAAAUUAAAAUUCGGAUGUUAUGAUGUCACAAGAUUAAAAGUCAGGUGAUGACCAAAGUUAUUUCAAUUCAUUAUGAAUAUCUAUAAAAAAAAAUGAAUGGCAGCCCAUUAAAUAGCUCUAAAGACAUUUAAUUAAAAGGCAAAAGUGAUGGUUUCACAGCACGAGCAUGACUGAAAAUGUUCACUUACGGUUUUCCAGCAUAUUAUGCAACAGGACUGACUUUUUAGAGGCACUUUUACACUCAAGCAAAGUCGUACCAUACAGGUUGAAACACGCCAAUAGAGACAUGACAGUUAAUCUUCUCAUCAACUCCCAGCAAGAAAGCAGACAAAACAAUCAUUUCCAAAGAUAUCUAACUUUAACUUUGAACCCUUUUUUUUCAUUUCUGUUUGGCUCUAAAUUAUUAAAUUAUUUGAGACAUGAAGAGAUCAGUUUAUCCUGGUCCAUCGCUACUACAAGAGGCAAAGUUUUACUGGCUAUUCAACGUACACAUACAAUACAGACACACACACAC